AGGUCCUUGCGAAAAAUAUCGCAUUGGCAGCCCAGAGACACGGCAUUGCUGUUUGUGGAAGCUUCUGCAACCAAAUUAAUCGCUCCUCGGCGAGUCCUGCGCGUUUGCAGCACCAGAUUUGCCGGAGAGCACGCUUAAAACACAAAGGCUGCGCCAGACGCCAUCGACGCGAUCACAAGAUGGUCAACUACUCCAAGUGGGACGCCAUCGGCGAUUCGUCAGACGACGAAGCACCAUCAAGACUAGCGCAGGACGUCCAGACCAAAUUAGCGGUCGCGCCUCCGGAAGCCCCGCCGCGGAACCCGAAAGCGGAAGUGCUCACCGAUAGAGCCAACCAGGUCGUCAAUUCCUUGAUCGAGAAGCACGGCGAGGACAAAAGUCGACUCCUAGGCCCCGACGAGCGCGCCGCCUACCGCGAAGCCUGUACCUUGUAUGAUGGCGCCCUCAAAAACAUGGAGGUCAAGGACGACAAGCUUUCCAGUCGUAUUUUACUAAAUAUGGCCACGUGCCACUGGCAGGUCAACGAGUUCGGGCCGGCUAGGAAGGCUGCUUCCAGAGCAUUGGACUUUGCCGUCGCAGAAGACAAGAGCAGAGCUCAAGACAUCGUGGAUGCCUGCGAUCGAGAGCUUCGUAGAGUCGCGUCCACAAAAGACGGCGUCGACCACGCGGCCGCGGGCGACGCGGCUCUGCACGCGAAGGAUUUUGCCGCUGGAGCCAAACAUUUCUCCGCACUUUGUAAGGCCUUCAAGGGUAGCGGCGGCGAGGACGAGAUCCACGCGUUGGCGCAUUUGGCUCUUUGUUAUGAACAGCAGUCGAAAUUCGGCGAGGCGGCUUCGCAUUAUGAUAAAGCCGCCGAGGUCUGCGACAAGACGGAUCAGGCCUCCGCAUCCACACCUCGACGGGCGCAGCUCGCGCAACGGGCCCAAAUGUGCUACGAGAAGAAUGGCGAGGAUUCGAAGAGCGCCGCGUCGUGUGCGCGCGAGACGCGGCGGUGCGCUGAUGACGCUGAAUUGGCGCUGAAGUGCGCGGGGGCCUUCGCGCAGCGCUACCGUGAGCGGCAGUGUGGAAUUUGGCUCGCUCCGACGGCGUCUAAGAUCUCGCGUCCACGCAGGCAAGGAAAAGAAGAGCAAAGCCCUCGUGCUGCCCGCCUUAACGGUCGCCGUCGAGACCGCGACGAAAGCGAGGAAACGGGACCCGAAGUGCCUGAAGACCGCUUCCCAAAGAUUACUGUUGGCCACCGUCCUGGACGCGCUCGCGGACGGUCUAUCGACACAGAAACAGUUCAAGGACGCCCUACCAAAGGCCGAACGCGCCCUCAAGGAGUACGACGCCGUCGCCAAGGCCCAUUUGCGGGCGAAGAACGAAGACGAGAACUUCCGCGCGCGGCGCGCGGCGGCGGGCUGCGCUCUAGCGGUGGCGUCCUGCCGCGCGGCGCUGCACAAGUACGACGACGCGGGGGACCAGUUCCGCGACGCCUCGAACCGCUACGCGGGCGUGUCCGAGUUCCUGCGGGCGGGCCAGGCGGCCCUCAGCGCGGCGCGGUGCUUCACGAACGCCGGGUGCUCGCCGGAAGGCACGCAGGGGACCAUCGACGCCGAAGGUGGCCCGGGCGCCGCCGCGAACGUCGAGGACUACCAGCAGGCCGCGAAACUACUCGCGAUUGCGUUAGAUCUACCAAAAAACUCCGCAGACGACAAGGCCGCCAUACAAUCUUUACUAGCGAAGUCUCUGGUCGGCGCCGGGCGACCCAACGACGCCGUCGGCCCCGCAAAAAGUGCAUUAGCUUAUCUCGAUGCGAAACCUCGAUCGGCGAAUGACUCAAAGGACCGGGCCUCGGCCUGCGAGACGCUCGCCGACGCGCUGGCCGGCGCGGAUCGACUCAGGGACGCGGCCUCGUGCCUCGAAAAGGCCGCGGUGUACUGCUUCGAGGACGAUACACAUCUGGGCACGGCGGGGGCCCAGCACCUCUUCAACGCCGCCGGCGCGCUCCAAAAGUGCGGCGACGGCGACGAGAGCGCGGCGAUGUUCCGGAAAGCUAGAGACGCGUACAAGCGGCUCGGCCACCCGAAGGCCGCGCAGACGGCGCAGGAGCACGCGGAAGCGGCGUUGCGGGCGUGCGCCGAGGCCGUGCUGGACUGAGGGUUCUUUUUUUGAGACGGGUAAGUUUACUCGCUAGUGU